ACCAACAAGUGGUUGAUUCAGUUAAAAUUUCAACGUAGUCAGUGACCCUCCAUACUCCGUACAAUACUACAUACUUAAAGUUCUUCGCUCCACCACCGGCCGGCCUUUGCAUUAUCAUUAUCUGCUCGAGGCCCCUUCCCCCCCUUUUCGAUUAUUCGAUGAUAGGAGAUUAGCACAAUGCACCUGUACUUAUCUUGAACCACCGAUCUACAACGUAUAAAGCGUGUGACUUUAGGAAUCAUGGAGCUCCAGGCAGACGAUUUCCAUCACCCUUUUUCGCCGUACGACAUUCAGCUCCAGUUCAUGCGGGCCCUAUACACUUGUAUCGAAAAGGGUAAUGUGGCUGUGUUUGAGUCUCCUACUGGCACUGGAAAAUCUUUGAGCAUAAUAUGUGGUUCAUUGACCUGGCUACGGGAUCAUAAGCGCAAAGCUUUCCAGGAGACUAUCAACAACACUACUUAUGAUGACGGGGAACCGGAAUGGAUGCUGGAGUAUGCGAAACGUGAAUCCAGUCGCGCUAUUUCUGAAAGGAGGAAAAAUCUUGAGAUACGACUAGCAAAUGCAAGACAGGAAGAAGAGAAGCAGAAGGCUACCCUGGAGAGCUCGGACGCACCCCGUAAAAGACAGAAGCUCGGCGUGUCAUCUAGAGCUCCAGAUGGACUAAUUGCAGAUGAUUUCGCCUUGGAUGACUACAAUAGUGAAGGCGAAGAGGAAAGCUCUCCGCGGAAACGAGGGAAUUAUUCCAGUGACCUGUCUGCCGGCACGUUAGAGUUAUUGGAGCGUUUCAAACACAAUAUCUCAAAACGGUCCGAGAAAGAUAAAGAUGACGGGGAUGAGGAUGUCAGAAUAUUCUACUGUUCGAGGACACAUUCUCAACUGACACAAUUCGCAAGGGAAUUGCGGAGAGUCAAUAUGCCGUCGAGCCUGCCAAAGGAUUUUAGCGAAGCCUCCACAGAUACGUAUGGGCUCGAGGAAGGUAUAAAACACUUGUCUCUCGGGUCUCGAAAAAAUCUAUGUAUAAAUCCUCGAGUGUUUUCCUUGGAGAAUGUAACAGCAAUUAAUGAACGCUGUUUAGACCUGCAGCAACCAGGUGUUGCUGCAAAACAGAAAUGCCCGUUCCUGCCAUCAAAUGAGAAGGGCACGCAAGUUUUGCAAUUUCGAGAUCAUGCUCUAGCAACAGUUAAAGACAUUGAAGAUAUGGGCAAACUAGGAAAGAACAUUGGGAUAUGCCCCUACUACGCAUCUCGCUCAGUCAUUCAACACAGUGAGAUUGUGACGCUUCCAUAUCCUCUGCUGCUUCAACGCUCGGCUAGAGAAGCCCUUGACUUAUCUGUAAAGGGCCAUGUCAUUAUUAUUGACGAGGCUCAUAAUCUCAUGGAUGCUAUAUCCAGCCUCCAUUCGGUGACAAUCACACUUUCGCAGCUGCAAGCCUCUAUAUUUCAAUUGACAACAUACGCACGAAAAUUCAAAACUCGAUUGAAAGGAAAGAACCGGAACUAUGUUGCACAGGUCAUCCGACUUGUUGCAUCAAUUUCUGACCAUCUUCGGGCAAUUCUCGAAAGAAACCAAGCUCCUGAAGGCCCUGUCCAGCCCUCAGACCUCAUGUCUGGGAAAGGCGUUGAUCAGAUCAACCCCUACAAGUUAUGCCGAUACUUGCAGGAGAGCAAGUUGGCAAGGAAGGUUGAUGGGUAUGUUGAAUUUUCAAAGGAGCAAGAAGACCGCCAAGCAGGUAGAAAACCUUCUACUCCGGUCUUAUUUCAUAUUCAGAGCUUCCUUCUACCAUUGAUGAACCCGUCAGCCGAGGGGCAGUUGUUUUAUCAAAAGAUCCAAGGCGACAUCCAGUUAAGAUAUAUGCUUCUUGACCCAAUGAAUCAUUUCCGCGAAAUUGUUGACGAUGCGAGGGCUGUUAUAUUAGCUGGCGGAACUAUGUCCCCUAUGACCGACUACUUAAACCAUUUGUUUUCCUAUCUGCCCUCGAGUCGCCUGGACACCUUUAGCUAUGGCCAUGUCAUCCCGCCAGAAAAUCUGAUCGCACAUGUGCUAAAUAAGGGAGUUAUUGGCACGGAAUUUGACUUCACCUUUGAUACACGGGAUUCGGAGAGAAUGAUAAUUGACCUGGGACGAACAAUGGCCGCCCUAUGCCAGGUUAUCCCAGACGGUGUCGUUGCUUUUUUCCCAAGUUAUAACUAUCUAAGUCAAGUAUUGAGUAUAUGGAAAAGAUCCCUUGUAGGAGAGAAGGCCCAGACAGUCUAUAACCUAAUCGAGCAGAAAAAGAAUAUUCUGCAUGAGUCACGAGAUAUGACUAUGAGCACCGAGGAGCUUUUGGGAGCAUACGCAAAUAUUGUUAGGUUGGGGAAAGGGGCUUUACUUCUUUCUGUCGUCGGUGGGAAGCUGUCAGAGGGUAUCAACUUCUCUGAUGAAUUAGGAAGAGGUGUCCUGAUCGUUGGCCUGCCCUUCCCAAACAUACGCAGCGCAGUUUGGCAAGCGAAAGUCCAGUAUGUUGAGCACAAGGCUUACAAAGAAUGCUCAGGCUCUGAGGCAAGCCGGCAGUUGGCAGCAAAAGCUGCAGGAAAGGAUUUCUAUGAGAACUCUUGCAUGCGGGCAGUUAACCAGUGUAUUGGACGAGCUAUUAGACAUCGCAAUGAUUACGCUGCCAUCAUUUUGAUAGAUAAACGAUACGAUAAACCCGUCAUACAAGGGAAACUGCCCGCUUGGAUCAAACAGAGCAUGGCGAGCAGUUCCGUUCUGCGGCCAACUGGGGCAACAAUAGGAAGUCUUUCAAGGUUUUUUGCGGCACGGAGGGCAAGGCAAAUAAAGUAAAUGUUCAUGAAAA